CCCAGGAAAUUCUUCCGGGCAGCCUCUCAAGCCCCUCUUUGUGCGCUUGGGAUUUUUAACAUUCCCGGCGGCUGCGGACGGGGUGCCCGGUGCCGGACGGGGUGCCCGGUUCCAGAUGGGCCACCCAGCUCUCCCGAGCUCUGGCGGGAUGGGAUGGGAUGGGACGGGAUGGGAUCCGCUGUGGAUUUAGAGGAUGCGGCUGCCCAUUCCCACCCACCCCGGCUGUGCAGCUCGCUGGGGUGCCAUGGGGACCCUGUGCCACGCUCAGGGGACCCUCAGAGUGCAUUUCCCGUGCGAUGGGGGGAUGGGGGUGCUGAGCAGCACCWCCCGUCCCUCGCUGCCACAUCCUCCCCUCCAAACCCUCCAAGCCCUGCCAGGCCACAGCGCUGGCCUCGCUGCCAAGGCGUCACCGCUUCCCUGCCCCGCUCCGGCUCCUGGGAACGACCUUGGCUGUCUCAGCUGCAGMGCGGCUGCCGGGGACCCCCUGGCUCCGGGGGAGGAAGGCGCCAGCCUUGGGGCACAGGAGGAAGCGGCGGCGGCGCUGAAACCCUGAGAGGACCCGGGAACCCUCCCCGGAAGGAAAGCGCUGCCGGCACCUCAGGGUGCUCUGGGGACAGGGAGGCCCUCGCUGGAGCCGCCGCUGCCAUGCCGGUGACRRUGACRGUGACACUGCCCGGCCCGGCCCCGUGGGGCUUCCGCAUCUCCGGGGGUAGAGAUUUCAGGAAGCCCAUCACCGUCUCCAAGGUGACGGAGCACGGGAAGGCGGCUGCGGGMGGCCUCCGGCCGGGGGAUGUCAUUGUCACCAUCAACGGCGACCCCGCGGCCGAGAUGCUCAACGCGGAGGCGCAGAACAAGAUCAAGCAGAGCCCCGGGCAGCUCCGGCUGCAGGUGGAGAGGUGCCCGAUGCCACCUCCCAGCCACACCAACGGGGACACCUCACCGGACAGGUUGGCCACGCGCUUCCAGGACACGCUGAGGAUGCAGAACGGGAGCCAGGCUGCCCUGAGAACCCCCGAGCCCAGCACGGCACCCCUCGCCCACCCACCUGGCAGUGCCAGCUCACAGCUCCUGGAGCAGGAGUUCACCUGUGCCGGGCUCCACCAGGAGCGAGGACGCCUGAGCCGCCAGAACAGCUCCCAGGGAACCCCCCUGCCCCCACCCCCCUGCCCACCCUCACCGGGGCUCGGAGCCCCCCAGGACCCCCGGGACACGCCCGGGGAGCGGCGCCUCCCCUCCCCCUCCCCAAACACCGGCCACAGCCAGGGCUCGGAGCCGGCCAUGCGGCGCCUGGAGGAGGACUCGGAGGUUUACAAGAUGCUGCAGGAGAACCGGGAGCUGCGGGCGGCCCCGCGGCAAUCCAGCACCUUCCGCCUGCUCCAGGAGGCUCUGGAGGAUGAGGAAGGAGGCGGUCCCGCAGCCCCGUUCCCCAGCCGGCUCUCGGCCGGAGCCCGCAGACCCGUGGCCGGGGUGCAGAAGCUGCACGUCUGUGAGAAAUGCGGGAGCAGCAUCGCGACACAGGCGGUGCGGAUCCAGGACGGCCGCUACCGCCACCCUUCCUGCUACACCUGCGCCGACUGCGGCCUCAGCCUGAAGAUGCGCGGCCACUUCUGGGUGGGGGACGAGCUGUUCUGCGAGAAACACGCGCGGCUGCGCUACCAGGGACCCCCGGGAGGGCCCGUGCCCCGCCCGGUGUCCCCCCGAUCCUGAGCCCCGGCCGGUGGGGUCACCGCCAGCAUCCCCCGCGUCCCCAGGGCUGUGCCACCCCGCUGGGGUUGGGGCUGAGGGCACUGCCAGGCUGGGGGUGGAUGGGAUUUUAUUUUGAGGGGAAGGGGGAGACGCUGCAGCCGCUCAUCUUCACCCCUCCGCGGGUCUGCGUGAUGAGCUGGGUGAGUUCUCAGCCUGGGGGACACCGAGGGGACAUUGGGGAGGGGGGGUCGCUUGAGCUGCGGGGGGUUCCACCGCUUGUUCACUGAUCGCGCAGAGCUCCGAGAAAUUCCACCAGAUCCUCUAUAAAUGUAAUAUAUACACACAC